AUGCCACGCCAACGCCUGCUCCUACCCCAGCAACGCCACAGCCACCAGCGGAUCCUUCAACUUCGGUCCCUUUCCCUGCGCGUCCUUCUGCAUGCUUUAAACCAGCGAAAACUCCAGCCCUUACACCAGCCACUACUCCUGCCUCUACUGACACGCCAACGCCUGCCCCUACCCCAGCACCCACCUAUGCCACGCCAACGCCUGCUCCUACCCCAGCAACGCCACAGCCACCAGCGGAUCCUUCAACUUCGGUCCCUUUCCCUGCGCGUCCUUCUGCAUGCUUUAAACCAGCGAAAACUCCAGCCCUUACACCAGCCACUACUCCUGCCUCUACUGACACGCCAACGCCUGCUCCUACCCCAGCACCCACCUCUGCCACGCCAACGCCUGCUCCUACCCCAGUAA